AUGGGGAGGGUCGUCAUCGAAGGCAAGAGGAAACUAACGGUAGAGGAACGAGAAGAGGUAAAGGGGGCCGUAAUGAUACCUGUUGACUACGAUGCGGACCCAAAGACUAACUGGGAGCUCACUGCCGAGAUUGGCACAUCAAUCUUCCCAGAGGCCAUUGUCGAUGGCCUCAAAAAUAAGGUUGGAGACCGUAAGACGAAAGGCAUCGGAGAAGAGAUUCUCAAAUUCUUUGACAAGUGGAAGCCAUGCGCGGGCGAUGAUUCCGAAGUUAAAAUUAAAGGCUUUGACAGCCUUGGUCCAUGGAUAGUCAACUAG